AUGACUGCCAUUGUAUCCGAGGUCGAGGCCGCCAAUGCCAAGUACGCGGCUCAGUUCACCAAGGGCCAUCUCCCUCUCCCACCGGGACGGCUCCCAGAAGAAGAUGCUGAUGCAAUCGACUUCAACAGCAAGUUCCUAGUUCUGGCCUGCAUGGACGCCAGAUUGGACCCCGCGCGUGUCCUGGGACUGGAAGAAGGAGACGCUCACGUUGUGCGCAACGCCGGAGGCCGAGCAUCGGAUGCUGUGCGCUCCGUCGUCAUCUCGCAGCAGCUUCUCGGCACGAGGGAGAUAAUCAUCAUCCACCACACCGACUGUGGCAUGCUCACCUUUUCCGACGCCACCAUCCGGGAAAAGAUUCGCGCCGAGUUGAAUCAGGAUGCAGACAGCAUCGCGUUUCUGCCAUUCGGGGACGUGGGGAAGAGCGUUCUCGACGAUAUUGCGCUGCUGAAGGCGAAUCCGCUCGUGCUGGAUGUGCCCAUCACGGGGUACGUGUAUGAUGUCAAGACGGGCAAGAUUGAGCAGGUCAGGGGUUGA